AUGAUCUGGCCGGUCGCCGUUUUGUUGACAGUUGUCGCUGCGACAAGCGCAGAGUUACCCAAAGAGCUUGACGCAUUCCUUGAAGUUCUAUUCGACGUCAAAGAAUGUGAUUCAUUCCUUUCCGGCGACUACACCACAGUAGCCACCGUCGAUUGUGCACCGUACAAAUGUGAUUUUCCGCGUCAAGUAUGCAUGAGGCCAAACUCGAACUACCAAGAAGCAAGUGCAAAUGAAUGUCGGCCUGUUCCAAUGGAGUGUCUCGUUGCCGCAAAUGGAGGUAAGCCAGUUGGACCUCCGCAAGUGACGGGCAUCAGACCUCCAUUAGUGACAAUGCCUAUGGUUAUCAAUAAACCUAGAAAAGAGCACGUUGGCGGUGGGAAUAAGGGACAACCGAUGGUAAUAAAUCCAACGGAUAUCUGCCAGAUGGGUCCACCUGAUGGCAGAUUUUGCGGGUUCAAAGUUAUGUACACUUAUAACAAGGAGACUUUACAAUGUGAUGAGUUCUGGUUUCCUGGAUGCACGACAGCGGACACUAAUGCUAAUCUCUUCAGUGAUCUACAGUCUUGUCAGAAACUUGCCAACAUGUGCAACCAACUUACACCAGCUCCAUUUACCUUACCACCACCGCCGCCACCUUCGCCCACUACCACAUGGAGGCCACUCCCUCCACCACCACCACCGCCGCCACCACCUCCGCCACAGCCCGGUUUCGGAAUGUUGGGCGGUAAGCACAAACCACAGCAUCGAAUUGGUGGCGGCGGAGGAGGAGGACCUUUUGGCACAUUUCCUGGAUUGGGUAGCGCUCUUGGAGGACCCCAACCGACAGUUGCUCCUGCCGGUGGUGAUGGUGAAGAUCUUGGGCUUUUGGGUCUCAUUCAAAAAGGUCUGCAAAAUGCACAGGCUAUUCGGCAAGGGGGUCCACAGGGAAAGCAGGCUGCAGCUGCAGCCGCUGGUCAGAUCUUGCAACAAUUCACCGGCUUCGAUCUCAAUAACUUGGGUGGAAACUUCGGAAAUUUUUUCGGCAGAUGA